GAAAUCUUACAAAUAAUAAUGUGGAAUGACAUUUGUUUAACAUAACCUCAAUAUUUACCAAUUAUAAAUUCAAUCAAAUAAUGUGAUUUUAUGAAAAUAAUGGAAGACACAAGUAAUCUUAAAAUAGACAUCGAUAUUCCAUUUCCCAGUGAAAGACUGGCCGAGGUUGCUUACCACRUUCUGCGAGUGGAAAAAGAGCCCAAAAGAGGUGGAGUAACUAAGGAAAUAACAUACAAUAAAAAUAUUUUGCAAGUAAAAUUCACUGCCCAAUUAGCACGCCAGUUGCGAGUCGCCGUCACUAGUUUUUUUGAUAAUUUAAACCUGAUAACUGAAACUAUUGAGUUUGCAGGUGAUCCUGUUAGUUCCACUUAUAGCCAUUUUUAAAAUGCCUGAACAUACACCUGCUCCUACGCCAAGUAGGGCUGUUUAUGGCUUUGCCAUGUUUUUGAGUUUUAGAACAUUUUUCAUUUUGUAUUUAGUUUGGGCAGUACUUCCAGAAGAGUGGUUCAGAUAUGUUGGAAUCACUUGUUUGCCUCAGAGAUAUUGGGCUGUUGCCAUACCUAUUUUUCUCCUAACAGUGUUGGCAAUUUUUGCGUUUGUUAUUUAUCCAAAUUUAGGACUAUUCAUGACGCCUAAUGUUGAUGAUUUAAGGACGAUUAAAGACUCAACGUGUGUCAAAACGAAUAAAGUUAAUUUGCCAUUACCCAAAAAUUCAGAGAUUAAAUGUUCUUGUAAAAAUGAGGAAAGGUGUUUUAAAAAUGACUUUGAGAGGAAUUGUGGCGAUUAUGUUUCAAAAGCAAUCCCAGUGUUACAAGAUCUCAAUAUAUGGGAAGUUUCAGACCACUUGUAUUUCAAGUAAUUUUUUACAAAUUUUAUUGAACAGUAUUUUGAAAAGAAUACAAGAAAAAUAAAGUAUUUCCUAAUUAUA